CCUUCGUUUCCCUUCUGGAGAGAGCCGUCACUGACUGACUGGAGCCGAGCCGACGCGCGCGUGUCUGCCGUGGAGCUCUCGUCUGCUGGCUGCCGCUGCUCCUAAAAAAAGUCUCCCUCCCCUUUGGCCCCCUUCCCUUCUCGACUGACCCCACGCCUCGCCGUAACCCUAGCCCCCGAGAGGCCCGACGCCAUGCGCCCGACGCAGGUCUUUGUGCGCUGAAGUGACUGAGAAGGGCAACAUUAUGCAUUCCGGCGGGAGUUCAUGUCCUAAGACACAAAGUGGGGUUGUCAGGGUAAACUACAUUAUGGAUUCUGGCAACAGUUUAUGUUCUAGAACACGAAGUGGGCUUGUAAGAGGAAACAGCACUAUGGAUUCCAGUGACGGUUCAUGUUCGAGAACACGAAGUGGGCUUGUAAGGGGAAACAGCUUUAUGGAUUCCAGCGAUGGUUCGUGUUUGAGAACACGAAGUGGGCCUGUAAGGGGAAACAUCUUUAUGGAUUCCAGCGAUGGUACAUGUUCUAGAACACGAAGUGGGCUUGUGAGAGGAAGCCCCCCUGUUGUCAAGGCUCUAAGCAAGGAUGAAGCAGUCACGAAGGAGCUUCCUGAUGGAUGGAUGAAAGAAGACAUGCCUGUGGGAAAGAGUGGGCAUUUGAGACGAAGCCCUACUGUCAAGGCUCUAAUCAAGGAUGAACCAGUCACAAAGGGGCUCCCUGAUGGAUGUUUGAAAGAAGAAAUGCCUUCUAGAACGCGGAGUGGGCUUGUCAGAGGAAGCCCUAUUGUCAAGAGAGAAGACAUGCCUGUUGGAACACAAAGUGCAUUUGUCAGAGGAAGCCCUGCUACCAAGACUCUAAGCAAGGAUAAACCAGUCAUUAAGGGGCUGGCUGAUGGAUGGCUGAAAGAAGACAGGCCUCUUGGUACACGAAGUGGCCUUGUCAGAGGAAACCUUCUUCUCAAGGUUGAACCAGUCACAAAGGGGCAGCCUGAUGGAUUGCUGAAAGAAGAUAAGCCUGCUGGAACGCGAAGUAGCCUUGUCCAAGGAAGCCUUGCUGUCAAGACUCUAAGCAAGGAUGAAUCAGUCAUUGAGGGGCUGCCUGAUGGAUGGCGGAAAGAAUACAGGCCAAGGAAGAACGGAUCAUGUCAGAAGAAUGAUCCGUACUACAUUGAUCCAGUCAGUGGAUAUGAAUUUCGCUCUCUGAAGGAUGUGCAUCGUUAUCUUCAAACAGGAGACAUCAAACAGUGCGCUACGAGACCAAAGAAGGGAACCAUCUAUGAUGUUUGCAUAACAGAAAACCAAACUCAUACAAGUACAUCAUCACAACACACAAGGCCAAGUACUGCUGAUAAGGCUAUUCAGUGCGAAAUAUUAACAUCAGAAGGUAUCAUGCUGCUGUCGGAGGAACUUUUUACUCCAUAUAGAGGAAAGAACACUGAACAUACGAAGUUACUAGAGUCUGAGAGCAUGAAUGCAAUGCAAGGGUAUGGCAAUAAGCUUGAAACUUUGGAACACAACAGUGUUCAACCAGUCUCUGCACAAGGUGCUCAAAGGCAAACCAAAUAUGUUAAAAGAAAAGAACAAAAUGUAGAGGUGAAAUUCAAGAAGCGUAAAAGAAGGCCUGCAGCGACACCUGUCCGAGUGUCGCCCCGCUUAGCUGCACUGAAUGUUCAGCAUGAAGUAAGCAUUGAGCCUGAAGAUCAACCGAAUAGUGUAAAUCUUGUCAACCAGGUACAGACUAUAGAAAAGAACACUAAUGAUCAGUCACAGAUGAGCCAAUCAGGCACCAUGAAUCAACGACAUGGUAAUCAGGAAAGCACUUUCAACCAGUUGUGGUCGAGCCAAGCGGACACUGCUAUCGGAAUGCAUGCUAUGCAGGAAAACACUACCAAUCACUUGCAGCCGAGCCAAGUAGACACUGUGAAUCAUAUACAGACGAAUCAGGAAAACACUUCCCAUGAGUUACAGUCAAUGCUAGCAGACACUGUCAUUCCAAUACAGACCAUGCAAGAAUACACUACCUAUCAGCCGAGCCAAGCAGACACUAUGAAUCAUAUACAAACGAAUCAGGAAAACACUGCCCAUGCGUUACAGUCGAGCCUAGCAGACACUGUUGUUCCAAUACAGACUAUGCAGGAAUACAUUACCGAUCAGCCAAGCCAAGCAGACACUAUGAAUCAUAUACAUAUGAAUCAGGAAAACACUGCCAAUCAGUUACAGUCAAGCCUAGCAGACAUUGUCAUUCCAGUAAGUGCUACUCAGGAAUGCACUAGCGAUUACUCACAACCGAGCAGUGCUGACUCUAUUAAUCAAAUACAGGCCAAUCAGGAAAACACUGCUGCUCAGUUACAGUUAAGCCAAGCGGACACUGUCACUCAAAUACAGAUAAUGCAGAAAAAUAUGACCAAGCAAUCACAGCUGAGCCAAGCGGACACUGUGAGUCAGAUACACAUCAAUCUGGAAAACACUACCAAUCACAUGCAACCAAAUUAUGCUGAAAAUCCUAUGCUGCAGGCUAGUUUCUCUUGGGCUUCUGAACAGAAUGGCGGAGCUCUUAUUACAGACUUCUGGAGAAAUGUUGAAAAUCAGGACUCAUCGGUUCCCAUGCAAAUAGAUGGAGCACCUGUUACAAGCUUUCCGGCCAAUGUUAAAUUCCAAAAUGCGGCAUCAGCAGAACCUGUUAUACCGUCAACACAGGCUGCACUGCCUGGAACAGCUUCUGAUCAGUCUGGGUUGGCCUUUUCAUCUCUUUUUGGAAAUGUGUGGUCAGAUCCAUGCAUUGAGUUUGCAUUCAAGACCCUUACAGGUGACAUCCCUGUUCUUGAUGACACUGCAGCUGUCACAGGCUACUUUCCUCAGCAACUAGACUUGAAUAAAGGCACAGCAACACCAAAUUGUUCAGCUUCCACUUUUGACAAUACGAGGAAGCGUACAAAAGUGGAUGUCAACCUCCCAUUGCCAAGGCCAUCAGAUAAGCUCUACAAUGGCAGUUGGUUCCCUCCCCAGUGACUUCACUGAAGGGGGAAAAAUGCAAUAACAUUUUGUACCUGUGAAAGGUGAAUCAGAGGGAAGGCAAGUGGCCAAGCCCAACGGAUAGCAUCUUACUCUUGUUAGUGCUGUGCUAUGAAUUCGCGAUCCCAGAGGAUACAUGCUGUAAAAAGACACUAGCUUUGUUCUAACGUUACUAGACAAUAUGUUAAUCCAUCCAACUGGAUGCUGCCUUGUCGGAUCAACAUUGCUUCGCGGAGAGACCGUCAAGUAGCUGACCUGGAUUCGAUCAUGUCUCCCGUUCGUUUGCGUCUGUGCAGUUGCCUGGUAAACUCAAUUCGUAGUACACUAGCUUGUUCUAAUUAUGAACACUCUUGCAAGGAGCGCGAGGGUUUAAUUAUUGUGGAUAGGAACUUUUUUUCUUGUGGACAUACUGAAGACUUAAACUGCUUCGCUGAAAACUGUCUUGAAUUGCUUGUGUAAUAAAGCUAAUCCAUUGUUUGUGUAAUAAUGCUGAAUGAAUUUUGAUGUGUUUGUGGUUGGCUA